AAAGCUAUUAUUUGUAGUCAACAAAGCUCUAACAAGCUGUAACAUUUUUAACUCGCAGUUUUAUUGAACAUCCAGCAAAUCAGGCUACUUAAAAUAUGGAAGGAAAGAUGCGAGAGAGUGUUGCAUACAACAUUUAUGCAUGUGGUAUGCAAUGCGAAUCCAGGAUAACAGGGAAGAGGGUGGCAAAGGGCUAAAUGCGUUACACAUGAUGAGGGCAAAAAAUAAGUGUGACGCGUGAGAAGCGAUUAAAAGACAUGCACAUUUUUAAACACACGGCAUUCAUGGAAAUGAGGUUUAUAAGUAGAAUAUUGUUGUAAGUUAAAAGGAUUAGAAUUUUAGGUUUAGGAUCCUAAACAUUUUACUGGAAUUUAUUGUACCUGAUGAAUUUUUACCGUGUAUAAAUAAUGAUUAAAGAUUAUUUAAGAUGCACACUGCGUGAAUUUAGAACAAGACAGCCUUACAAAGUCCUUACAGGGACAGCUGAGUCGAUUAUCGUCUAUUCAAGCUGCCGAAUACCUCUGUCAAAUCCACAACGUUGAUGCACAACUGCGCCUACAAUGCACUCACUGGACUGUUCUAUAACGUUUCUGAAGAUAAAUGAAAUACUUACUCUCCGCCUUUGAUGAAAACCACAGUGACUUCUUUGACUGGUUCAAUGAUUACCCUACCCUACGGUGAACCUUGCUUGGUACAGGUAUGCUUGGUACGAGACUUGUGUUUAAAAAGUUUAAUAUGUGCCAUGGGGGUUGCAUUUAACUAAGUUGUUGUUGCUAGUUUUUUUUUCUUUUCUUUUCUUUUCUUUUCUUUUUUUUUUUUUUUCAUACGCAACACUCGCAAAAAUCAACCUGAGCCCAGCUCCCCCAAUCCUCUCCGUGAAACAGACACUGCUAGGAGAAGACUGGUGCUUAGCUCAUUUCCAGUCUCCAGCAGGAAAGCAACAUGGCGGAGCUACUUUGUGACCUUUGUGGGUUUUUUUCCGUGUCCAUCUGUGUUCAUACCUAUUAGCUUUUCCUAAUAUUAAGGAAGAAAGACCUCGAAAUGCCAACUGUAGUGCUCCUUGAUGUUUCACUUUCCAUGCUACGGCGUGUCCAAACACCAGAGGAUGAGUUUGUUGAGCGCCGCCAUCUUGCGAUCCGCGGUCUUCAUACUUUCUUUGACUACUUGUCUAGCAAGUUCAAGUUAGAAUUUUCGGCCUUGCUGGCUUUUUCUUCGCUGUGGGAGAUCGUGGUACCGUUCACCAGAGAUUACCAAGCACUUAAACAAGGCUGCAUAACGGUUGAUGUGUACGACAAAACAAGCUUUGAAAAUGGUUUUAGUGGUGUGGUUGGUCAUGUUAUCGAAGAGUGGGGUACAUCUGUUCCAUGUCAAGUGAUUUUAGUCACUGAUGGCCGCACGGGAUCAGGACAGGGCUCGCUAAGGGAGCUUCUAGAAGGAAAAAGGAAGGAAAAUUCUGAUCAACCGUGCCCGUUUCCUAUACCCUUUCCAUGCAAAAUACACGUUGUUUGUAUCGCGACUGCGAAUGAACUGGGAGGAGAUCUGAUGUUGUUUCAAAGACUGUGUGAUUCAACUAGUGUAGGAGGCAGUGUUUAUGUCCCGGACAUGCCUCUUACUGUCCAGUCAGUUCAGAAUGUGUUCACACGCCUAGCACAAACCCACUACAUAAGUUAUGAAGGCACUCUGUCUUGUGGCCAUUUACAAUCCAGAAUAACACUAUCCCCACCACCAGACUUAACAAGUAUACUUGAAGUAUCUAAGGCCAAAGGACAAGAGAAGACAAGAAGGCUGCCAAAUGAACUAGCUAUAUGUGGUUUUCUUGAUGUAGCAGAUGUUGGCAGUCCGCCACACAUUUCUCGUCAUCUGGUUAUACCACUUGCUUCAUCGUCAGGGGAUAGUAAAGAUAAAGAAGGAGGUAAAGAGGCUGCCAAAGACAGUGAGGAGGAUGGUAAAACACCGUCCUUCUGUGUACUCUUACAUGGAAGUCUGAAAGUAGAGAAAAUGGUGGCUAUUGUCACACUUGACAUGGACUGGUUUGGAAUGUUACAUUCUUGGGCAGACAGCAAAAAGAAAUCCAACCUUGUCCUAACCACAUUCUGCCCAGGAGAGAAUAUUUCCUGGCUCGGCAACAUACAGAAACUAGGCCCUGCAGCAGAGCUGGAUAUCAAUCCAUAUCAAACAGCAGAAAAUGAUGAGGGUGAGACCACACCUUUUCCAGUGAUGCCAAGUCAGAGGAGAAGCUAUAAUUCACAAGCCAGUGUUGUUUGGAUCAAACCGAGUGGGUUGCAGUCUGAUGUUCAAAAGCUGUUGCGAUAUGCUAAGAGGCUUCCAGAUAAACAAGGGCAGUUUUACAAGGAAUUGAAUAGACUGCGACGUGCCGCCUUGUGUUACAGUUACUUGGGUCUGCUCGAUGUAUUAGCAAGCAUGUUAGACAAAGAGUGCCACAAGGCCACUGCUGAGGUGGCCCGUCAGUUACAGCAUGCUUCUGGAAGCCUUAGAGCUUCCCCAACUGUAGAUUUAAACAAGCCUAUCACUCCAAUCCAAGAUUAGUAGCCUCUUGGUUGAAGUUGAUCAAAACAAUGGAUUCUUAAAAAGUGUUGACGAAAUAACUGUAAAGGACAGAUUAAGCUCCGCACGCAUUGCAAGCCUAAGAUGUUAGAUGAUUUAUAUGGGGCUUUGAUGCUAGAUACAUGUAAAUGUUGAAACAUUUUAUCAGGUUUUCCCUUGAAUGACUUAUUUCAUUUGUUUUGGGGAACAAUGAGAUUCAUUAGGCGCAAAGAAAACAGAUUUUCCAGGUUGCCAUUGACCAGGUGUGAACAAUUGAAGGCUUUUGCGCAAAAAGGGCGUAUAUAGCAUUUUGGGUCGAUUUAUUUUUUGCAGGAUCGAGCUAAUU